CAGGUGUGGACUCUGCUAUGAGUCAGUGUGAGGACUGUGAGGACAGAGAGGAGGGAGCCCCUCCCUCUAAAACCACUCUGUGUGGGGACCAUGACAGCCAGACCAAAGCUCAGAGGAUGCAGCAGCAGAAACCUGGACCUGGACCCAGCUGUGUGUCCAUGAAGAGUGACUGGUCUAUUGAUCGUCUUAUUAACUUUAAAGAUGGACAAUCUGUUGAUGAAAGUCUGCAGCAAAGAUAUAAACCAGGACCUGGACCCAGCUGUGUGUCCAUGAAGAGUGACCGGUCUAUGGAUUGUGUUAUUGAGUUUAAAGAUGGACAAGUUGCUGAUGAAAGGAUGCCGCAGCAGAAACCUGGACCUGGACCCAGCUGUGUGUCCAUGAAGAGUGACGGGUCUAUGGGUCGUCCUAUUACCUUUAAAGAUGGACGAGCUGUUGAUAAAAGAGUUCACCAGGAGAGCUCAGAGGGCCUCGGUGGUCAGUCUGACCUGCAGCAGCAAACAGACCUGGACUCCAUAUUUAUGCUGCUGGAGGAGAACAUCGUCACUUUUGUAAAGAACGAGCUCAAGAAGUUUCAGAAGGUUCUGAGUCCAUAUUACCCAGAAUGCUUAGAGAGUCAGGGGAAGGAUGAGGAGGUUUUGGAGGGUGAGGAUGAAGAGCGGAAGACGAGCAGAGAAGCAUUUCUGAAGAUCACACUGCACUUCCUGAGGAGAAUGAAGCAGGAGGAGCUGGCUGACCGUCUGCAGAGCAGAAGUCCUUCUGGAGUUUGUCAGCGUAAACUCAAGACUAACCAGAAGAUAAAGUUCCAGUGUGUGUUUGAGGGGAUUGCUAAAGCAGGAAACCCAACCGUUCUGCAUCAGAUGUUCACAGAGAUCUUCAUCAUGGAGGGAGGGGCUGCAGGGGUCAAUGAAGAACAUGAGGUCAGACAGAUUGAAACAGCAUCCAGGAAACCAGACAGACCAGAAACAAUAAUCAGAUGUGAAGACAUCUUUAAAGCCCCACCUGGAAGAGAUGAACCAAUCAGAAAUGUGAUGACAAAGGGAGUGGCUGGCAUCGGGAAAACAGUCUUAACACAGAAGUUCACUCUGGACUGGGCUGAAGGCAAAGCCAACCAGGACAUCCAGUUCAUAUUCCCAUUCACCUUCAGAGAGCUGAAUGUGCUGAAAGAGAGAAAGUUCAGCUUGGUAGAACUUGUUGAUCACUUCUUUAGUGAAACCAAAGAAGCAGGAAUCUGCAGGUUUGAAGAGGUCCAGGUUGUCUUCAUCUUUGACGGUCUGGAUGAGUGUCGACUUCCUCUGGACUUCCUCAACACUGAGAUCCUGAGUGAUGUUACAGAUUCCACCUCAGUGGGUGUGCUGCUGACAAACCUCAUCAGGGGGAAUCUGGUUCACACUGCUCGCCUCUGGAUAACCACACGACCUGCAGCAGCCAAUCAGAUUCCUGCUCAGUAUGUUGACAUGGUGACAGAGGUCAGAGGGUUCACUGACCCACAGAAGGAGGAUUAUUUCAGUAAGAGAUACAGAGACAAGAAGCAGGCCAGCAAAAUCAUCUCCCACAUCAAGACAUCACGAAGCCUCCACAUCAUGUGCCACAUUCCAGUCUUCUGCUGGAUCACUGCUACAGUUCUGGAGGACGUGUUGAAGACCAGAGAAGGAGGAGAGCUGCCCAAGACCCUGACUGAGAUGUACAUCCAUUUCCUGGUGGUUCAGUCUAAAGUGGCGAAGGUCAAGUUUGAUGGAGGCGCUGAGACAGAUCCAAGCUGGAGUCCAGAGAGCAGGAAGAUGAUUGAGUCUCUGGGAAAACUGGCUUUUGAGCAGCUGCAGAAAGGCAACCUGAUCUUCUAUGAAUCAGACCUGACAGAGUGUGGCAUCGAUAUCAGAGCAGCCUCAGUUGUCUCAGGAGUGUUCACACAGAUCUUUAAAGAGGAGAGAGGACUGUACCAGGACAAGGUGUUCUGCUUCAUCCAUCUGAGUGUUCAGGAGUUUCUGGCUGCUCUUCAUGUCCAUCUGACCUUCACCAACUCUGGAGUCAACCUGCUGGCAGAAGAACAAACAUCAUUAUGGCUGCCUAAAGUCUUCAGAGAAAAACCUAAACUAAAACAUCUCCACCAGAGUGCUGUGGACAAGGCCUUACAGAGUCCAAAUGGACACCUGGACUUGUUCCUCCGCUUCCUCCUGGGUCUUUCACAUCAGACCAAUCAGAAUCUCUUGCGAGGUCUGCUGAAACAGACAGGAAGUAUCUCUGAGACCAAUCAGGGAACAGUGGAGUACAUCAAGAAGAAGAUGGAUGAGGAUCUUUCUGCAGAGAGAAGCAUCAAUCUGUUCCACUGUCUGAAUGAACUGAAUGAUCGUUCUCUAGUGGAGCAGAUCCAACAGUUCCUGAGUUCAGGACGUCUCUCCACAGAUAAACUGUCUCCUGCUCAGUGGUCAGCUCUGGUCUUCAUCUUACUGUCCUCAGAAGAAGAUCUGGACGUGUUUGACCUGAAGAAAUACUCUGCUUCAGAGGAGGCUCUUCUGAGGCUGCUGCCAGUGGUCAAAGCCUCCAAAAAAGCUCUGCUGAGUGGCUGUGACCUGUCAGAGAUAAGUUGUGAGGCUCUGUCCUCAGUUCUCAGCUCUGAAUCCUCUAGUCUAAGAGAGCUGGACUUGAGUAACAACAACCUGCAGGAUUCAGGAGGGAAGUUGCUGUCAGCUGGACUUCAGAGUCCACACUGUAAACUGGAGACUCUCAGUCUGUCAGGCUGUCUGAUCUCAGAGGAAGGCUGUUCUUCUCUGGUCUCAGCUCUGAGCUCCAACCCCUCCCAUUUGAGAGAGCUGGACUUGAGCUACAAUCAUCCAGGAGACUCAGGAGUGAAGUUGCUGUCAGUGGGACUGAAGGAUCCUCUCUGGAGACUGGACAUUCUCAGGGUGGAGCCUGCUGGAGUCAGAUGGUUGACACCAGGUCUGAGGAAGUAUUCCUGUGAACUCACAGUCGACACAAACACGGUGAACAGAGAACUCAAACUGUCUGACAACAACAGGAAGGUGACAUUAGUGGAGGAGGAUCAGCCAUAUCCUGGUCAUCCAGAGAGGUUUGAGUCCUGGUAUCCUCAGCUGCUGUGUAGAGAUGGUCUGACUGGUCGCUGUUACUGGGAGGUCCAGACGAGAGGAGAUGUUGAGAUAUCAGUGAGUUACAGAGGAAUCAGGAGGAUAGGAGACAGUAGAGACUGUUGGUUUGGACGUAAUGAUCAGUCCUGGAGUCUGAUCUGCUCUAAUUAUCGUUACUAUGUCAGUCACAAUAACAGAGUAACCUCCAUCUCCUCCCCUCGUGUCUCUGAGAGAGUUGCAGUGUAUGUGGACUGUCCUGCUGGCUCUCUGUCCUUCUACACAGUCUCCUCUGUCUCACUGAUCCACCUCCACACCUUCUACACCACAUUCACUCAGCCUCUCUAUCCUGGGUUUGGGAUCAGGUCUCCUGGUUCCUCAGUGUCUCUGUGUCCUGUGGAGGACGGAGAGUCUGCUCCUGUCUAAGGACCAGACAGUUGAGUCAGAUCAGGAUCAUCAACAUUCAGAUUAUUAAAUACAA